GAUAUUCUUCAUUUUACUUUCUUCUCCAAAACUCUCUGAAUCUUUCCCAUCUUAUCAAUGGAAAACCCAAGUGACGAUUCUACGGACGGUGGUGAGAGUAAGAGAAAGCGAGGAAAGACUAUUCAACAAUACCCCACUUCCACAGAUGACGAUUGCUAUUCCGUCCAUUUUGCAGCAUCAAUGCCGGAAAUCGUUGCAGAAAUCCUAAUCAGACUUCCCGUCAAAACCCUCCUCCAAUUUAGGUGCGUAUGCAGAUCCUGGCGCACUUUGAUAUCUGAUCCUAUAUUUGUCAAGAUGCAUUUGAGAGCUUCCACUGAAUACGAGUAUUCUGCAAACCAUAGACUUAUUAUGAGCUCCGCUUUACCUCGUUUUGACGUGAAAUCGUGUUCUCUCUCGUCUGUUUUGCAUGAAGAGUCUCCUACCACAUAUACCCUUGAUUAUCCAUUGAAACACCCAGACAGAUCGGUUAGGAUAGUUGGUUCUGUGAAUGGGUUGGUUUGUAUUGCUAUAGAUGAAGCUGUUGUAUUUUUAUGGAACCCAUCUACUAGGAAAUCAAAGAGACUACCUCAUUGUGGCGUUACGAAGCGUCAAUUGAGAUAUGGUUUUGGUUAUGACGAAGGUAUUGCAGAUGAUUAUAAGGUGGUGGUAGUAGUUGGUAAGGAAGGCUCGUACGAUGAGAUCACUGAAGUAAAGAUGUAUGGGUUGAAGAGUGAUUCGUGGAGGAAGAUUGGGGAUUUUCCUAAAGCAAUUCCAUUGCAGAAUGCUUCAGUCAUGUUUGUGAGUGGAUCACUUCAUUGGGCUUCUGCGAGUGAGAAAUUGGGGAAAAGUAUCGUCUCUUUGAAUUUGUCGAAAGAAACUUAUUCUGAAAUCUCACUACCAUGUUAUGGGCAGGGUGUUUCGGUUUCAAUGGUAGGGGUUUUAAGUGGAUGCCUCUCUCUGUUAUGUAACAUUGGUGUGAUCAAAGCUGAUUUAUGGAUGAUGAAGGAGUAUGGAAAAGUAGAUUCUUGGUCUAAAUUGUUUUCAAUACCAUAUCUACAUGAUCCAGAGUAUUUCCAGUAUUCUACACUUGUAUUUUUCAAAGAAAAAUGAAGUGCUUUUGGUGUUAGGAUCGCUUUUCGUGUUGUAUAAUAUCAACACCAAUACUGUUAGGUAUCCCAAUAUUCACAAUUGCCUUGAAGUAGACGUUUAUACUGAGAGCUUAGUCUCGCCUUAUCCUGCUGAACUGAAUGAUGUCACUGCCCAGCAAUAGAUACAUGUGAAAUGAUGGUAAGAACAGAAGAAUGAAUGUUAUAAAGUGUGUAUGGUUCUUGUGAAGAAUGCAAGUGAAGAAUAUGAAUCAUCAUGGAAGCUAAAAAAAGAAUGUAGUUAAAUCUUAUCAUUUUCUUUAAUGGGGUUAUUAUUAUGGUGUGGUUAUUUUUACAAUUUGAACUAUAAUUUCUGAUUUGAACUUAUCUUUAAAACACUUUUAUUAAUUUUUUAUAUUCAUCCAUGUUUACUUGGUUUUGUUUGUU